CGAUGACCUGAUUGUCACUCCUUUCGCCCAGGUUCUUGCCAGCUUGCGAAGCGUCAGAAACAACUUCACCCUGCUGACAAACCUUCAUGGAGCACCAAACAAGAGGUCACCAGCGGCUAGUCAGGCUCCAGUCUCCAGAGUCAGCCUGCAAGAAGAAUCAUAUCAGAAACUAGCAAUGGAGACACUGGAGGAACUAGACUGGUGCCUAGACCAGCUAGAGACCAUCCAGACCUACCGCUCUGUCAGCGAGAUGGCUUCAAACAAGUUCAAAAGGAUGCUGAACCGGGAGCUGACACACCUCUCAGAGAUGAGCAGAUCUGGGAACCAGGUGUCUGAAUACAUUUCAAACACGUUCUUAGACAAGCAGAACGAUGUGGAAAUCCCAUCUCCCACGCAGAAGGACAGGGAGAAGAAGAAGAAGCAGCAGCUCAUGACCCAGAUAAGUGGAGUGAAGAAGCUGAUGCAUAGCUCAAGCCUGAACAACACAAGCAUCUCACGCUUCGGAGUCAGCACCGAAAAUGAGGAUCAUCUAGCCAAGGAGCUGGAAGACCUGAACAAAUGGGGCCUUAACAUCUUCAAUGUGGCUGGGUACUCACAUAAUCGGCCGCUCACAUGCAUCAUGUAUGCCAUAUUCCAGGAAAGAGACCUUCUGAAAACGUUUAAAAUCUCAUCUGACACCUUUGUAACCUACAUGAUGACUUUAGAAGACCAUUACCAUUCUGAUGUGGCAUAUCACAACAGCCUGCAUGCUGCUGACGUGGCCCAGUCAACUCACGUUCUCCUUUCUACGCCAGCCCUGGAUGCUGUCUUCACAGACCUGGAAAUCCUGGCUGCCAUUUUUGCAGCUGCCAUCCAUGAUGUCGAUCAUCCUGGAGUCUCCAAUCAGUUUCUCAUCAAUACAAAUUCCGAACUUGCUUUGAUGUAUAAUGACGAAUCUGUGCUGGAAAACCAUCACCUCGCUGUGGGAUUCAAACUGCUACAAGAGGAACACUGCGACAUCUUCCAGAAUCUUACCAAGAAGCAACGUCAGACACUCAGGAAAAUGGUGAUUGACAUGGUGUUAGCAACUGAUAUGUCCAAACACAUGAGCCUCCUGGCAGACCUUAAAACAAUGGUAGAAACCAAGAAGGUGACAAGCUCUGGUGUUCUCCUCCUGGACAACUAUACUGACCGGAUACAGGUUCUUCGAAACAUGGUACACUGUGCAGACCUGAGCAAUCCUACCAAGUCCUUGGAAUUGUAUCGGCAAUGGACUGACCGUAUCAUGGAGGAGUUUUUCCAACAGGGAGACAAAGAACGGGAAAGGGGAAUGGAGAUUAGCCCGAUGUGUGAUAAACACACAGCUUCUGUGGAAAAAUCCCAGGUUGGUUUCAUUGACUACAUAGUCCAUCCAUUGUGGGAGACCUGGGCAGACCUGGUUCAGCCUGAUGCUCAAGACAUUCUGGAUACACUAGAAGAUAACAGGAACUGGUACCAGAGUAUGAUACCCCAGAGUCCCUCUCCACCACUGGAUGAGAGAAGCAGAGACUGCCAAGGUCUUAUGGAGAAGUUUCAGUUUGAACUGACCCUUGAAGAAGAGGAUUCUGAAGGACCGGAAAAGGAGGGAGAAGGCCACAACUAUUUCAGCAGCACAAAGACACUUUGUGUGAUCGAUCCAGAGAGCAGGGAUUCCCUGGAAGAGACUGACAUAGAUAUUGCAACAGAAGACAAGUCUCCAAUCGACACAUAAUCUCCCUGUGUGGAGAUGAACAUUCCACCCUUGACAAGCAUGCCAGCUGAGCGGUAGGGCCAACCUACCAUGGCCAAGGCCUGCACAGAACAAAGGCCACCUGGCCUUUCCAGUUACUUGAGUUUGGAGCCAGAAUGCAAGGCCAUGAAGCAAAUAGCAGUUCCGUGCUGCCUUGCCUUGCCUGCAAGCUUGGCGGUGACCCGCAGCUGUACGUGGUAGUAGAGGCCAGUUCCCACCACAGCUAAAUGGCUUGAAAACAGAGGAGACAAAGCUGAGAGAUUGUGCUGCACUAGGUGUUGGGAAGCUGUCCUGACAGGUGACUGAACUCACUAACAACUCCAUCUAUAAAUCUCACUCAUCCCGUUGUCGGCCAACCUGUGUGCCUUUUUUGUAAAAUGUUUUUGUGUCUUUGAAAUGCCUGUUGAAUAUCUAGAGUUUAGUACCAACUUCUACAAACUUUUUUGAGUCUUUCUGGAAAAAAAGAAAAAGAAAGACAGCAGUUUCCCCUUCUUUCUUGGGCAAUAUCUUUGGCUUUCCUCCAGUUAACUUUUGCAAAUAGGCAGGACAGAUGCAGUUCUAACCACAGGCUACUUCCUUCUUUUUGUCUAAUAUGACUCCUUAGUGGCCCCUGCAUCUGCGUCUUAGCUGUUUGCCUGCUUUGAGCACUGUUUUCCCCAGGGAAGUGUCUCUGCUUUGCUUUAAACUCAUGCUCAAUAAACCAGGUCUGUGGAAGAAGCUGUGCUAUUUGCCAUCAGUCUAUGGAGUGCUCAGUCACACAAGGCCAUGUUUGCAGCUGCCUCCCAGCCUCCAGGCCACUGGGAGCUGCACACCACCUGCCAGCCCUCCUCUCUCACCCCUCCUUCACUCAAGUAUACUGUUUUCAAUUUAAUGCUGCCGUCUUUGUCUUGUACUGGCCCCUGCACUAACACUUCCCUCUCUUCCUGUUUAUAACCAUGUAUUUAUUACACAAUGUACAUAUUGUAAUGUUUUGUAAGUUAUUAAUUUAUAUAUCUAACAUUGCCUGCCAAUGGUGGUGUUAAAUUUGUGUAGAAAACUCUGCCUAAGAGUUGCAACCUUUUCUUGUAAUGUUUUGUAUUGUGUAUUAUAUAUCCCAAACAUUGUUUAAAAGAGACAUGAAGCCCCGUUAGCAGUUAAGGACAGGAAUGGCUGUUGUUCCGAGGGUCUGCUGCCCUUUCCUUGUCUGAGUUCCCAAUUAUGCCCAACCCUUUGAUGAGCUGGUUUUGCAAACAGGUUUAUCAUAUUAGAUACUAAAUGGUUUAUACUGAAGUUUUAUUUUGUAUAGUUUGAUAGGGGCUAGGAGCACUGGGAUGUCAUUUUUUACCCGUGUUCUAUCCAAGUCUCUUGGAUGCAUGAGUUGGGUUGUCACUGGGCUCUGCUCUAAUUGUGGCUUUGAUUCUAAAAAACAACAACAACAACACUACAUUCAAUCACAGAUGUUACUGUGUAUUCCCAAACUACUGACUUGGAAGAGCUAAUCUCCAUACUGCUCACAAGCAGAGGAGCCAUGUUCAAAUUCAUCAAGGGCAACAAGAAGACAAUGUGAAUUUUUAUCGUAGAAUGUGAACUGAUGUCGUAAAUUUCGCAAAUGUGAAGCUUCUGAUAACACUUGUUAGGCCUCUUCCUGGUGUCAGUUUCAGUUUGUAAAAUACGUGUCAUGCUUCAGUUCAGCAUUGUGACAAAAGUUAAAGAAAAUGGCACAAAAUGUGCAUGACCAAUGAGUUCGUACGUCUGUAACACUGCGUUGUUCCAGGUGGACGUUAUAUUGUUUUCAAAAGUUUCUCACGAUGUAUGUUAUAAUAUUAUUAGUAUUAUAUAUUGUGCUCAAAUGCAUUCUUAAGAGACUUUUAUAUGAGCUGAAUAAACAAAAGCAUGAAUAAAUUA